AUGACUCUCACCAAUCUUUUAGUUCAAUUGUGGACUUCCUACAAUGCCAAGAAGGCCAUCUUCUCAUCGGGAACACCAUUAUUAUUCCAACCCAUCACGUUCCGAGGUCUCACUCUCAAAAAUCGUAUCGUCGUUUCUCCCAUGUGCCAAUACUCUUCUAAGGAUGGAUUUGCCAAUUUUUGGCAUGUUCAACAUAUUGGCAGUAGAGUCGUGGGUGGUGCUGCCUUGUUCAUUGUAGAGGCUUGUGCCGUAUCAGAAAUUGGUAGGAUCACUCCGCACUGCUUGGGUUUAUGGAAAGAUGAACACAUUGGAAUGUUGAAACAAAUAGUAGAUUUUGCGCAUGAACAGGGUGGUAAGAUUGGUAUUCAAUUGGCUCACUCUGGACGAAAAGGAUCCACUCGUGCGUUGUGGGAAGCGUUUGGACGAACAGCUCUGUCCAAUGAAGAAGGAGGAUGGGAAGUGGUCGGUCCUUCUCCAAUUGCGUUUGAUGAACAACAUCGAAUGCCACGAGAACUGUCAGAGCACGACAUUGAGCAAGUAAUUGAGGAGUUUGUGCAGGCUGCAAAGAGAGCAGUUGCAGCUGGUUUUGAUGUCAUUGAAAUUCAUGGAGCUCAUGGCUACUUGAUCAAUUCAUUUCUCUCUCCGACCUCAAACAAGAGAACUGAUCAGUACGGAGGAUCAUUUGAAAAUCGAAUUCGACUCCUUUGUGAUAUUGUCACAAGAGUACGACAAGUCAUUCCACAAGAAAUGCCUCUCUUUGUUCGUAUUUCAUGCGAAGAAUACACAAGUGAAGGGUGGAAUAUUGAGGAUACCCUUAAACUCGCACCCAUUCUUAAAGAUUUGGGAGUUGACUUGAUGGAUUGCUCUUCUGGAGGAAAUGCUUCAAAAUUAAUGUCACUUGCUAUCAUGGUCUUUCCAGGUUACCAAGUACAAUAUGCAGAGAAGGUCAGACAAGUAAUGCCUGUAGGAGCUGUUGGUAAAAUCACAGAGCCCAAAUUUGCUAACAAAAUCUUGGAAGAUGGUAAGGCCGAUUUGAUAUUCAUUGGAAGACAAGAAUUGAAUGAUCCUUAUUGGCCUAUUCGAGCUGCCAAAGAGUUGGGCUAUUCUGACAUGCCUAUUCCACCUCAAUAUAAAUUUGCUGGUUUUUAA